AUGGAUGGCCUGCACAUGGCAAUACACGAGACUGAAAUAUCCAGAGCCCAUAUCAAGAGAUGGAACCACGAUCCAAUACCAGUCCGGAUAUCGCCGGAGCACGUCGCCAAAUUCCACCGGGCCGAAGUGACUCUUGAACGGCAGAUCGGGCUCGGUGGAUGCAUCGCUUUCGUUGUCGGCACCGUGGUGGGCUCGGGAAUUUUCAUCUCACCGAAAGGAGUGCUGAAAAACACCGGCAGCGUGGGGAUGGCGCUCAUGGUGUGGGUCACCUGUGGGAUUUUAUCGGCCAUCGGGGCGCUCUGUUACGCUGAGCUCGGAACGACCAUCCCGAAGUCCGGUGGAGACUUCACGUAUAUUCUAGAGACGUUCGGAGCCAUUCCGGCAUUCCUGCGAGUGUGGACGAACCUGGUGGCCGUUAUCACCGCACAGUAUGCCGUCAUUUCAGUCACCGGGGUCACCUACAUGUUGAAGCCUAUUUUUGGAGACUGCGAGAUACCGUACUUUUUGAUUCAGUUUCUGGCUGUAUUAUUGCUAGUGGCUAUAUUCUGGUUGAACAGUGUGAGUGUUCUAUGGAGUAAGCGAGUUCAGAUUAUCUCUACAGUAGCUAAAGUCGUUGAGCUGCUUCUCAUCAUCGCCUCGGGAUUGUAUUUCAUGUGGCUAGGUCAAACUGGUAACCUAAAGCAAGCAUUCAAGCCAGCUGUGUACGUGGAUCUUAGCAAGCUACCACUAGCUAUGUACUCUGGUCUCUUCGCUUAUUCUGGAUGGCAGUUUCUACCAUCAUUUACCGAAGAAAUUGUGAAUCCUUCAAGGAAUAUCCCUCUAGGAAUCAUUAUAUCAAUGAUAUUCGUCACCAGUACGUACCUAUUGGUCAACUUGGCAUACUUCGUGGUGCUAGAUCCGCUAGAGGUACUGUCUGCGGAAGCCGUUGCCCUGACGUUCAGCUCACGCGUUCUCGGUAACUGGGCUCUCGUCAUCUCCAUCGCCGUACCCUUAUCCUGCAUCGGAUCUAUCAAUGGACAGAUAUUCAGCUUUGCGAGGAUUCUAAUGGUAUCAUCACGUGAGCAUUGUAUGCCUCGCAUUCUGGGAAUGAUCCAUGUACAUAAUAAGACACCUCUUCCUGCAGCAAUCGCAGCCUUUCCAAUAGCAGUGGCCAUGCUGAUGAGUAGAAAUAUACAGCAACUUGUCGACUACAUGAGCUUCACCACGUGGCUGUUAGUCUCCGUCGCAGUCGCUGUUAUACCUUACUCAAGAUGGAAGUACCCUGACUUACACAGACCAUUCAAGGUUCCAAUUAUCCUGCCAAUCAUCUUCAUCACAUGUGCGUUAGUUGUGGUAGCUACUUCGUUGUAUUCGUCCCCGUCAGACAGCGGCUUUGGUUUCAUCAUCGCACUAUCGGGGAUACCGUUCUACUUUAUAUUCGUCAAAUGGCAGUCCAAACCAGCGUGGUUUCUGAAAGCAAUGGAUUCACUGACGUGUUUUAUGCAGAGAUUUCUCCUUGUAGCUCCAGAGGAAAAGAAUUCUGACUAGAAGACGUCCCAAUUUGCAGAUUGCAUAAAUAAUCCUUCCCGGCGAGCUUUAAGUUAAAGAUCAUCGAUGCGGCUUUGAGCUCACUGACGAACAACCGAAAGGGGGUUGUUUGCAGAGUCAAGAGGUCAUGGGGCAUAUAGACGAUGUGACCUGUGACAUCACAUGUUUAUAAAAGAGAUAAACAUGACUCCCCAUGAA